CUCCAGCUUCUCUUCUUCCUCUCGGCCUCUUUCUCCCCUCCUCAUCCCCUUCCACUUCUUCGGCUUCUUCCUCCUCUUCAUUUCACUUCUUCGGCUUGCUCUUCUUGCCCAAGUUACCAUCCUUCGAGUUAGGCAGUCUGGAUCUUGCAGAAAAGGUGUAGCUAGCUAGGAUCCUUUUGCUUCCUCCGAGCUGGGAGAGAGAAAACAGAGCGGAGAAGAGAGAGAGAGAUACACGGGUACCGGAGGUUGACCGAGCCAAAGUGGUUUGGAGCUCCUGGCUGGGCCUUUUUCUUUUGGCGACGACAUGGCGAAGAUCCACUUCUACCUCCUCUUGCUGCUGGCCGCCGCCGAAGCUAUUCACGCUGAAGAUGGGGCGUACAUCGGCGUCAACAUCGGCACGGCCAUGUCAUCGGUGCCGGCUGCCACGCAGAUCACGACGCUGCUCCGCUCGCAGAACAUCCGGCACAUCCGCCUUUACGACGCCGACCCGGGGAUGCUGUCGGCGCUGGCCAACACCGGCAUCCGCGUCAUCAUCUCCGUCCCCAACGAGCAGCUCCUCGCCAUCGGCAACUCCAACGCCACGGCGGCCAAGUGGGUGGCGCGGAACGUGGCGGCACACUACCCGUCCGUGAACAUCACGGCCAUCGCGGUCGGCUCCGAGGUGCUCUCCACGCUCCCCAACGCCGCGCCGCUCAUCAUGCCCGCCAUGCGCUACCUCCAGAACGCGCUCGUGGCCGCGGCGCUCGACAAGUACAUCAAGAUCUCCACGCCGCACUCCUCCUCCAUCAUCCUCGACUCCUUCCCGCCGUCGCAGGCCUUCUUCAACCGCUCGCUGGACCCCGUGAUCGUGCCGAUGCUCAAGUUCCUGCAGUCCACCGGCGCGCCCCUCAUGCUCAACGUCUACCCCUACUACGACUACAUGCGCUCCAACGGCGUCAUCCCGCUGGACUACGCGCUGUUCCGGCCGCUGCCGCCCAACAAGGAGGCCGUAGACGCCAACACCCUGCUGCACUACACCAACGUCUUCGACGCCGUCGUCGACGCCGCCUACUUCGCCAUGGCGUACCUCAACGUCACCAACGUGCCGGUCAUGGUGACAGAGACCGGGUGGCCGCACAAGGGCGACGCCUCCGCCGAGCCGGACGCCAACAACGACAACGCCGACACGUACAACAGCAACCUCAUCCGGCACGUCAUGAACGUCACCGGCACCCCGAAGCACCCUGGGGUGGCCGUGCCGACCUUCAUCUACGAGCUGUACGACGAGGACACCCGCCCCGGGACGGCGUCCGAGAAGUACUGGGGCCUGUUCGACAUGAACGGCAUCCCGGCGUACGCGCUGCACCUGACGGGCUCCGGCGUGCUGCUAGCCAACGACACGACGAACCAGACAUACUGCGUGGCGCGGGAGGGCGCGGACGAGAAGAUGCUGCAGGCCGCGCUCGACUGGGCGUGUGGCCCGGGGAAGGUGGACUGCUCUGUGCUGACGCAGGGGAAGCCGUGCUAUGACCCGGACACCGUGGAGGAUCAUGCCACGUACGCGUUCAAUGCCUACUACCAUGGGAUGGGGAUGGGCUCGGGGACGUGCUACUUCUCCGGAGUCGCCGUGAUCACGACCACCGAUCCGAGCCAUGGAUCUUGUGUUUAUGGUGGGAAGAACGGCAGCGCGUUGCUGAACGGAACCUCGCUGGCGCCGUCGUCCAACUCCACCACGGACUCCGGCUCCUGGCGGGCAGCCGGCGACGUCAGGUCGUUCGUCCGGAUCGUCGUCACCGCGCUGCUCUUGAGCGCCGUCGCCCUGUUGUAGGAUGUGAGUAGUAGGAAGUCAGGCAGAGGCAGCAGAGUAGGGAAGCCGUGCUAUUAGUGACGUGAGAGAUUCUUUUUUCGUUGUCAAGUAGAAUUGGCCUCGGUGCUGUUGGGUGGCAAGUGUCUUUCCAAAUGGAACGGGAUGUGGUUAUGUUGGCUCUUAAGAUCCGAGCUCGUACUCUGGUAUUGGUUGGGAAUUUGGGAUUGUAUUGGAUGUUUGGAUCA